AUGGGGAUUGAAGGGGCGGAGUUCAAAGCUUGGUACGAUGAGAAGGAGGCACAAGCGCGAGAGGAACGGGCUGCGGAACGCGAAGCUAAGAAGGAACAACUCGAACUGGAGACACGUGCCAAGAAGGAGCAGCUGGAAAUGGAGAACCAGAACUUGCUAUUGCGUCUCAAAGUCGCCGAAGCUGAGGCGAUGUCCAACCUCGAAAAGCACGAAUUCAACGAGCGUCUUAUCGACGAAGUUGAGAAAGAAAGCGUGAUAUGGGACAUGACGAGCCGGCUGUACAAGUCCCAGCAACUGAAAGAAGUAGCAUGGCGGCGUGUCGCAACCGCAAUGGGAUCCAACGUGGGGGAAGUGAAGGCACGCUGGAAGAACCUGAGGGAUUCGUUCCGACGGGUGUUCAAAGCCCGCCACCCUGUCCUGCAAAGUGGUGCUGGAGCCGAGGACAGCGAAGUGGAAGAUUCGGUAAAGUCCUGGAUAUUCUACGACCGCCUGCUGUUUCUCCAAGACAGCAUCGUAGGCCGGCCUACCUCGGGAAACCUUGAGCAGUUGCGUGAUGUCGAGAGUGAGGACACUGAGCAAGGACAAAACAAUGAGGAAACAAUGAGUCUGUUCACGGACAUCUAUUCGGAAACGAGCACCUCGACGGAACCUGACACGUGCCCACGUACUACACGGAGAAAAGCGAGCACGAGCUCAGCAGCAGCUACCCAGAUUUCAACUAAUUCCAGCCAAAAUUCUCGGCCAGAGGGUGGUCGCAAACGCAAGAAGCCAUAUGACGACGAAAUAGCAUCACUUACAAGCAUUGUGUCCAAAGUACCGGACGAGGCAGAGCAUUUUGGGCAGCUUAUUGCCGCCAAGCUGAGGCGAUGUCCACCAAGGCUUAGGGAAGACAUGGAAUUGGAUUUGCUUAACACCGCUGCAAAGUAUCUGCAUGACAGUGAGCCGGACUCUUGA